UAGCGGAAACGACGUCAUUAAACCGCACUAUGUUUACUAUCUGUGGCUACGCGCCAGUCGAAUGAGUAAAAUACGUUUACACAUUUAUUUAGCAAAGGAAAGAAAGUUGAAGUGAGUACAGAUGGGGGAUUCCUCGGCAGCAUCGGGGACGUCGCUGAAUUCAAGCGGGCGGGGAGCUAAAGCAGCCUCCAGCCCCGCAGAGAACUACCAGCUGGCCCGGCGGCGGACCCUUCAGGUUGUUGCCAGCGCCCUGCUCACCGAGAGCGGCUUCGAGAGCGCCGAGAAGGCCGCCGUGGAGACGCUGACGGAGAUGAUGCAGAGCUACAUAACUGAAAUUGGUCGAUGUGCUAAAACGUACUGUGAACACACAGCCAGGAGCGUCCCGACGUUGUCGGACGCCGUGGUGACCCUCACUGAAAUGGGUUUCAACGUCGACACGCUGCCUGUGUAUGCAAAGCGAUCUCAGAGGAUGGUCAUAACCGCCCCUCCAGUGACGAACGCGCCGGUGACUCCUAAAUCUCUGUCUGCUGGACAAAAGCGGACGCAUCCGUCUCACAUUCCCGGCCACUUCCCGGAGUUCCCCGACCCUCACACCUACAUCAAGACCCCCACAUUUCGGGAGCCCGUGUCGGACUACCAGGUGGUGAGAGAAAAAGCUGCCACCCAGAGGAGAGACGUGGAACGAGCACUGACACGUUUCAUGGCCAAAACCGGAGAAACCCAAAGCCUCUUCAAAGAUGACAUCUCUGCCUUUCCCUUGAUCGCUGCCCGGCCGAGCACCAUCCCGUACCUCAGCGCCCUCCUUCCUUCAGAGCUGGAACUGCAGACUCUGGAGGAGACGGACUCGUCAGAGCAGGACGACCAGACAGACAGCGAGAACGCAGCAGGGAACGUUAUCGCUGAUGAUCCAAGCGCUGACAAAGAGAACUCUAUGCUGCCCCCUGGUAGCGUCGUUCCAUCAAACAAGGCCAGCGAAGACAAUGUGAUCGACAACCCGUAUCUCCGGCCCGUCAAGAAACCCAAAGUGAGGAGGAAGAAAUGACUUCGCUCCUAUGAUGAACUCUUGUUUGCCUCUUUU